CUGCUCAUAGUAAUGUAAAAGUAAAGGUGUUCAAUUUAUAUUUCGAUGUCUAUGUUUUAUUUGCUAUUUUUCAGGUUGUCACUGAAUGUCAUGCAAAAAAUGUCCCCAAACAAGUUUGUAGUGAAGUGUGGGAAUUUCGUUGUGCUGGUGGAUCUUCAUAUUCUGCCCCUGGGCUCCAGCGAAGACACCAGCUGGUUUGCUGAGCAGCACAAGGAGGAGGUCAGUGUGCUUCUCAAAGACGCAGUUGAUCAGAGAGUCAAGCAGUACUUGGAAGCCAGACGUCUGCAGGGGCAGCCCAAGCCAAGAAAGGAAUUAACACAAGCCAGACCACUGUGCAUUAAAGGGGAACAUUUUUGCCUUGCAGCUUACAUUAUGAAAAGGCAUGUCAAUCUGAGGUGCAUCGUGAAGCGCCAGUACCGAGAGCUACGUGUCUUUCCUGAGCGCUUUGUCGUGUGUGUGAGUCCUCCGGAAGAGGUACCAGAGCACAGAGGAAAUCAGAGCCCUGUGGUGAUGGGCUACGAUGAUGCAAAAACUUCAGCCUAUUUUCCCAUCACCUGUGAAACUGAAGAUCCAUUAAACAGCCCCAAGAUAUUAAAGAGGGACACCCUGAAGAAAAUGGCAAAACUAGCAAACACCAACGCAGAUCCCUCAGCCAAGAUGGAGAGAAAUGAGGAGCUGGGAGAGGAGCCACCCAUGGUCGUCAUGGAAACAGGGAAAGGGCUGGGGAAGGAUGUGUUCCACAGCUCUUGGAAUGCCAGACCCAGAGUUCAGGACAUCGGCACAGGAGGACUGGAGAAGUGCAGGAGAACAAACAGAGUUCAAAGCAGCUCCCAGCUUCCUUCUUCUGUGCUGGGAAGCAGCUCUGGUGAAAGGCAGCCAGAUGAAGCCGACAGCCAGAAACAACCUCGUCUCAUGGAGCAGCUGAGCGCAGGGCCACAGUGCGGGGUCCCAGCUCCGAGCAGUGAGUCAGCAUCGCCACAACCUAAACAGAGUCGGGAAAGGAGCAAGAGGCGAAGGCACUGCUCUCGGGAAGAGGGAGAGGGUGCCAAGAAAGUAUGCUUUGGAGAGGCUCCAGUAUCCCCCAGUGAGGUAAUAAUGAAAACAGAUUCUGCUGAGUCUUUAAUACAAACAUCUAUGAAGAAGUCUCCAUUGGUAUCCAAGUCAUGCUCCGCUCAAGAAUCAGCUAAAACCACACUGGAUGAGGAGUUGCUUACUUUGGGAAAAUCUGCCCUGAAACCUCUCUUCACAAAAAAUAACACAGAGCAGACAAACCAAAACAGGCUGACCACAAGCAUAAAAGACUUAUCUGUCAAGCCUGUAUCCUCUCAUUCAUAUAUUAGCUCCAGAUCCUCAGACAGAAAGGAGGAGGUAGAAAAUGUGCCCAGAAAAUCAAGAUUACGACGGCUGAAGAAGUCCUGAGGGAAGAGACAGUAGGGAUAACGCCUCUUGCUGUAAUGUUUUGCAUGACAAAAAAACCUUUAACAUCGUUUUAAAUUCAGAUCCAUCAUGUUUUAAUAAUUAUGACCUUGGCCACAGUUCUCCUAAAACCAUGAAAAAUAUUUUCUAUGAAGUGUUUUUAAGUAAAAUUCCACAGUACAAUUUCCAUAGUGAGACAGACAUUAUUUUAAAUGGGUCUUUUUCCAGUGACAAAAGGGAUAGGCCUUUACAACAGCUCACCCGUUCUGAUGAAUUCUUGUGCAAAUAUACAUGUGUGUCAGAACAGGAAAUAAUGCCAAAGGUGGGGACUGAUGGCUGGGGACGAAGGCUUCAUCAGUUUGCUGUAACAACCCUAAAAAAGCUCAUUUUAUUAAAUGCAUUCACUCCUAAAAGGGCUGUUUCCAACUGGCGUACCACUUGACUGAAAAGAACACAAGUUCACGUGUGCUUGCUCCACUGUCUCGCUUGUGAUAAAUGUCUUUUGAGGCAGGAACAAUUCUUGAGGUUUUGCUUUGGCGAAGGAUGGAGGAAGUGAGGUCGUUCCCAUCACUGACAAUCUGAGGAUUCCUGUGUGAAUAAUGCAUAGUUGAUGUCGAACUGAGGUAAUCAGGCAGCUUCCAGAGUGCAGUGUGGACCACCCAGAAAGGUCUCGGAAAUACAAGAUGCCAAAGGCGGGGUUGUUCCUUAAACUCCCAAAGCUGAUCCAAAUGGAAAUGGACUCUGAGGUCUGUGAGAUUGUUUGAAAGAGCUGUUUUAAAAAGCUCCAUGUGCACACACCCCUUCUGUAGGGUGUAUUAUGAAAAUAUCCCAUGCUUUUAAUAAUCACAUUUUAGCAAAAGCAACCACUUAAAUGUUAUGGAUGAUUACUAAUAUGAUUCUCACACUUUAUUAAAUAAAAUAUUGAGACUAUU